AUGCGAUCCGUAUACUCGACCCUCCUUUUCCUCGCGGCCGCCACCCCAUUGCUCGCCGACGAAAAGUCCGACUGCCUGGCUCAAGCAUCCCCCACCAAUGGAGUCAUCUACUGGACCGGCCUUGAAGUACCUCUCGACAAGGCCGAUAGCUACGGCAACAUAAUGCCCGGCAGCAACAGCACCACCAAAGGCUGCAUGCAGAUAGGACAAUGGGACGGACAGAUUCGCAUAGGCGAGCAACCUCACCCGGUAAAAGACACCAGAACCAUUCUCGAAACGAACCCCGUCGGCAAAUGGGCCAGCUACGACGUCAGCUACAUCUCCGGCUUCUCCAUCGCCCUCACUUGCCUAGACACUGUUCAACAGACGCUCACCGGCGACAACACGGACCUCUUCGACGUGCCCGGCGCCUCGUGCGAAGACAAGAACGGAUACACUUGCGUCGGCCCCGUGGGUGCAUGGGGAGUUCGCGCUAGCGAAAUGAGCGAAACCUCCUGCUGGAACUGCAACCCGCCCAACGCAUUCUUCGCGCCUGUAGCAGGCGCAGCAUAUGUCUUCCCCGACGACAACGGGUCCGUCAUCGCCGCCAGCUCCAAUGCCAUCCACUGCUGCGUCGAUAAGGAUUGCCCAUGGACGAACCCCAAGGCCGGCACGACCAAACACGGUACCUGCACCUGCAACUCCGGCGCCGACAAGCGUGAUGCGACGCCCGAGACCAAGCCCAACACCAAGCGACAUCUCCAUAGCCAUGGCAAACACAAGGUUCGAGGCCUCAGUGAGAUUGUCUAA